AUGGUUAGAACAUUUAUCGUACCAAUCAAUUCCUUAAAAGAUGAGUAUAAGGAUAAAUCAAAGUACUCGCCAAGAGUGGUAAAAGAAGAAUCUGUCGAUGAUUUAUUAAGUGUAAAAAUAAAGGUGAAACUUGAACCAGCAGAACCAGUCCAAAAUUUUGAGGAAGAAGGAAUUGUUUUGUUUGAAUUUCAGGGAGACUUUGAUAAUUAUGGUCAUGAAAAUCCAAUAAAUGGUUUAGAAAUUGAUUGGAAAUUAGAAGGACAAGUUGUUAAAUUGGAAAACCCAAUCAUGGUUAUGAAAAAAAGACAUAACAACAAACUGAUUGAAACAUCAUCAUUGAGUAGCAUUAUAGAUAAAUUAGAAAUAAACAGCCAACCAGGAAAUAGUAUUGCUGAUGAUAAUAAUUCACAGAUUGCUUAUUACGAUAUGAUAAAGAUCUUUAAAAAAAUUUAUUUGCUCUAA